AUGUUGGCUGCUUUUCCCACUGUCAAGCUCGACAAGCUCUACGAGAGCUCCUUCACUUGCGUAGCUGUCCUCAGGUCUUUUCCACCGUUGGCGAAGAAGUAUGUUCUGCAAAUGUUUUUUAUUGAUUCGCCGGUUACGGCUAAGUUUAUGGAAGAGUGGGUGCUAGCAGAUGGAUAUUCUAAGCACAGAGUGGCGAUUGAUAUGUUACUUCAACUGAGGGUUUUUAUUGAGUUGAAUGACGGAAGAAAAGAGAAAAGUUACAAGAUGAAUCCAAAAUUUCAGAGCAAUAUGCAGAAAUACUUGGUCCACGGUGCAACUCUACCUAGAGAACCAAUGUCCUCUAGUAUUACAGGGAGAUUGCCUAGCUUGGAGGAGCUAGAGUCCUAUGCCCUUGAGCAAUGGGAGUGUUUCUUGUUGCAACUCAUAAGCUCAGCUCAAGCAGAGAGGUUAACAAAUUUCAGCUCCUCUAUGCUGCGAGUUUUUCAGCGAGGUCUUUUUAGUUCAAGGGAAAAUGAAGCUGCGACGCUAAUUAAGUAUGGUUUUCAGUUCCUGCUGAUGGAAACCAACGCCCAACUGUGGUACAUAGUAGGGGAGUAUAUCUCAUCUUCUGAGGAUUGUGGCGUGGACCCCACAGAUCUGAUAUCGUUUCUUCUUGAGCUUAGUUUUCAUACCAUGGGCAAGGCAUAUAACUUGAGUACGUUGACUGAUGUGCAAAGAAAUGCUAUAAAAGAUCUUGCAAGCCUGGGAUUAGUGAAACUUCAACAGGGAAGAAAAGAAAGCUGGUUUAUACCUACUAAAUUAGCUACUACUCCUUCAGUUAGCUUGUCAGACAAGUCAGCACGAAAGCAGGGAUAUGUAGUGGUGGAAACAAAUUUCAAAAUAUAUGCUUACUCGACAUCAAAACUGCAUUAUGAGAUUUUGCGAUUGUUCUCAAGGAUAGAGUAUCGACUUCCAAACCUUAUUGCUGGAUCUAUAACAAAAGAAAGUGUAGACAAUGCUUUUGAGAAGGGAAUUACUUCUGAACAGAUUAUUUCUUACCUUCAGCAGAAUGCACAUCCUCGAGUUGCUGAGAAGACAACGGCGGUUCCAGAAAAUGUUACAGAUAUGAUCAGAUUUUGGGAAGCAGACCGAAAUAGGGUUGGUAUUACCCCAUGUCAUCCUUAUGAAGAUUUCCCAUCCAAGGACGUAUUUGAAGCAGCCUGCGACUUUGCAAGGGAGCUUGAUGGCUUGUUGUGGGAAGAUUCAAAGAAGACGAGGUUGGUUGUUAAUGAAGAGCUACACCAAGAUAUGCAGGAUUUUCUCAGGCGUCAAGAAGUAACAACAUCGAAAACGUCGACAUCUAAAUUGACACCACGACCAAAAUUUUGAGUCUAUCCGGUGACGUUGAUGAUCUUUAGCACAAAGCCUGGUUCUAAGUUGAUGAAGCUCCCUGAAACCUUCAGGGUUUCAUAAUUAUUGAAUACUGUUUUGUCCAAAUUAUAAAGAGCCGUGAAAGAUUUAUGUAUAGCUAAGUAUGCUGGAGAAAUUGCUGGAGAGGUAUACAUGUGUAUUUUGAGAGCUCUUUGGCUUCCUUGGCGAACACUGAGGCACAUUUACAAAGAUUAACUGCUGCUGUUUGAAUUACUGUCUUCACAUUGCACAGGAAGAAGUACAAUUUUCUCUUUGAAUUA